AUGAUUGCCCUGUGUCUGCCGUCGCUGUUGUUGCUCCUUAUUCCAAUCCUGAGACUCAGCUCAGUUUUCGCCUCCUCUUUCGAAAGCGUGGAGAUACAGCCACGCAUCAUUGGUGGUAAGGUAUCCAGUAUCAAGCAGGAAAAGUAUCUAGUACAAGUCACCACGUCCACGGAGCUGUGUGGAGGAUCGCUGAUUAAGCCCCGGUGGGUCAUAACUGCGGCACACUGUGUUUACAAGCAGAACAAGGACGAGUUCAAGGUUUAUGGCGGUGCCUCUGAUCAGGGUGGUCCAUAUGCCAUCAUCCGUCAGGUGGAUUUCAUGGCCAUUCGUCCGGAUUUUAAUCGCAAGACUCUUAAUAUGGAUGUGGCUGCCUUGCGCUUGACUUCAGAUAUGACUGGAGCUAAUAUAGAGACCAUUGCUUUGUCCUCGCAAUCUGUUCCAGCUCGCGUUUUAGUCAAAGUCUCUGGUUGGGGUUACCUUACUGCGGAUGCCACACAAACAGCAAAACGUGUACACAGUGUCCUGGUCCCCGUGUGGUCACGCUCUUCUUGUGUGUCUGCUUUUAAGGGAACCCAUCGAAUUACCCGCUCCAUGAUCUGUGCCGGCAAGCUGUAUAAGAAGGAUUCUUGUGAUGGCGACUCGGGUGGACCUUUGGUGUAUCGUGGUGAGCUAUCAGGAAUUGUGUCCUUUGGGUAUGGAUGCGCCUCCUCUCUGCCUGGUGUGUAUACAAGUGUGCCUGUGAUACGGGAUUGGUUCCUGCGCGUGAUGGAAGAGCAUUCCUAAGCAUAAUCUUAAGCUUUAGCUUAAAUGUUAAUAAAUAGUUCAAGUUUA